UGCCAGGUCAUGUGAUUUAUUCCAGGGAAACAGAAACUCGGCGCGGUUCUCUGGGUGGUUCUGGACUCAUUUGGACCUUCAGGGCUGACAUGGUGUUAUGUUCUGUUAUUGCAUGAAAAGGACAGAAGGGGAGAGUAAAGAGAGAACUGAAGCUAAACUGCGUCUGCUGCUUAUUCCCAACACCACAACACAUGGAGGGAGAGAAGAAGAGCCCAGGCUGCAGAGAGGAGCAGCUGUCGCUGAUCAGCUGGAACAUCGACGGUCUGGAUGGAGACGAGCAGCCAGAGAGAGCCAGGAGCCUCUGCUCCUACCUCACAGAAUACUCGGCUGACGUGGUGCUUCUGCAGGAAAUGGUGCAGCCCUACAUGCGCUUCAUGCACCGACGUCUGGGAGACGAAUACGCCUUCAUAGAAGGUGGACAGGACGGUUACUUCACCAUGAUGCUGCUGAAGAAGUCCCGCCUCAGGCUGCUGGAUCACCACAUUGUAAACUUCCCAAAGUCUCGCAUGAUGAGAAACCUGCUGGUUGCUCAGGUGGAGUUCGGAGGCCAGAAGCUGAGUCUGAUGACGUCCCACUUCGAGAGCUGCAAGGCCAACUCUGCAGAGAGGAUGAGGCAGCUGAGGCAGCUGAUGAAGAUGAUGAGCCGGGCUCCGGAUGACCAGACGGUUCUGUUUGGAGGGGACACCAACCUGAGGGACCACGAGGUAGCCGCCGUGGGGCUUCCCGGGAACAUCGUGGACCUGUGGGAGGAGCUGGGAGAACCGGAGAAGUGCCGUUACACCUGGGACACCCGGGCAAACACCAACAAAGAAAUACCGUUCAAGUGCCGGUUCCGGUUCGACCGGGUGUACCUCCGGCGGGCGGGUGUGGACGGCGUCCCCCUGCUGGAGCCCCGCAGCAUGGCGCUGAUCGGCCUGGAGAAGCUCCGGUGUGGCAUGUUCACCAGCGACCACUGGGGGAUCUACGCCACCUUCUCUGUGACGCACACAUAAAACGCUUUCAUUUGUUCAUUUUCAUUUUUAAAACAGAUCAUUUUACAGAAGCUCAGAGUUUCUGUGACAUCAGAAUGAAACGCUGAAUGAAACCAGAAAAGGUUUGAUAACUGGAGCCUCCUUUCCCUGGUCAUCGGUUCUGGUCAUCCAGAGUUUUGUCAUUUAAGUUGAGUGGAAGAAAGAAUUGUGGUAAAAGCAGUAGGUAAUGUCAUGGCCAGAACAUAAAUCCAUGUAUUAACAAGACAUUUUUGUUAGUUCAAUAAGCAACACAUAAACAAAUGCUGUAAACCAACAUUUUCAGAAUUGACCAAUAUAAAUACUUGAAUUCUGUGUGUAAUGGAUCUAUAUUAUCGACACGUUUUGUGUUUUAACCAAAUUGCUAAAAAAAAACAGUCUAUUAAAUGAUGUUCUUAUUACCGAGCUGUACCAGGAGAACAACGUGGACAGAAACGUGGAGCUUUUAAAAUGUGCACUGCUCCUUUAAGAGAUCAAAGCCAGCGCUUCGUAUCCUAGGAGAUGGUUUGUCUACUUCCUGGUUACUAGCCAGCAGAGGCAGAAGACGAAACACCGGCCGCAAUGCCACUGAUGGUCCAUCCUGUGCUGGCGGAGCCUCCUGGAGGAACAGCAAGCAGCGGACGGUUCCAUUUCAGCUCAAGCAGCGCAUCAAAAAUGACAGCCUUCCAGCACUGGAAAUAUAAGGAGCAUUUCAUUUACACAUGUGAAAAUGGCUCAAAUUUAACCGUGCAGUGCAAGAAGAGUUUGCCGGCUAUCAAGAACUUGUCCACGUCGAAGCAAUCUAUGUCAAACCUGAGGAAACAUUUAGAGAGGAAGCAUCCAGGCGUUCUUCUGAAAGGCACGUUUAGUCCAUCUGAUACUCGGGAAGUAUCCACAGUGUCCACAGUUGUUUUGCUUGUGUGAUUUUGGAAAACUAUUGUUUUUCCCGUUUUGAUUUUGAAUGAUAUGUUGCAAACACUUCUAUUUUUGUCAACAUUCCAUUGACUGUUAAAUGUUCAAUGACUAACUUGACUACCCUUCGUCCAUCUUAAUUCUUGAUGCACUGUAUUGUGCCGUGUUUAAUUUUACAAGCAAGGGUGUGCAAAGAAAAAAUCAAGAAAAAUAAAAUGUGAUGUAAAAGUC